AUGAAGUGCCUAGCAGUUCUCUUCACAAUUGUUGCUCUCACCGAGUGUAUUACUAAGGUACCCUUGGAGAGAGGGAAGAAGUUAAGGGACAUUCUCAGAGAGAGAAAUUUGCUGGAAGCAUUUCUUCAGAGAUAUCGUUAUGAUAUUGGUACAAAAUAUCACUCAACUUUGUCAAGUGCUGCCCAAGUGGUUGAUGAACCACUUCUGAACUCUUUAGAUACUGAGUACUAUGGAACAAUCUACAUCGGAACUCCUCCACAGAGAUUCACUGUUGUUUUUGACACGGGAUCAUCCAAUCUUUGGGUACCCUCUAUUGACUGCAGCAGUUCAGCCUGUCGAAACCAUCAAAGGUUCAACCCAUCUCAGUCUUCCACUUUCCAGAGCACACAGCAGACUAUAUCCAUUGAGUAUGGCACAGGAAGCAUGGAGGGUAUCUUAGGAUAUGACACAGUGAUGGUGUCCAGUCUUACUGAUGUCCAUCAGAUGUUUGCUCUGAGCACAAGUGAGCCUGGCUUCAUCUUUGUCUACUCUAAAUUUGACGGGAUCCUGGGAUUAGGUUACCCUUCCUACGCUGUUGGUGGAGCAACUCCUGUCUUUGAUAACAUGAUGAGCGAAGGCUUAGUGCAGCAAGAUUUGUUUUCAGUUUAUCUCAGCAGAGAAACAACUGGGAGUGUAGUUAUUUUUGGUGGAAUCGAUGAAUCGUAUUUUACUGGUUCUGUUAACUGGAUUCCUGUCACAGAGCAAGGAUACUGGCAGAUUGCCAUGGACAGUAUUUUAGUGAAUGGCCAGGAGAUUGCCUGCAGUGGUGGUUGUCAAGCGAUAGUUGACACAGGCACCUCUCUCUUGGCUGGCCCACCAGCUUCCAUAACCAAGAUACAAAAUGCCAUUGGUGCUACUCCCGGAAACUAUGACCAGUAUGACAUCAACUGCAAUAAUCUCUCCAAUAUGCCUGAUGUUGUUUUUGUGAUCAAUGGAAUCCAGUAUCCACUUACGCCAUCAGCCUAUACUAACCAGGUCAUGCAAGCAGAUUGCACAAGUGGUUUCCAAAACACAUCUGGGGACCUCUGGAUCCUAGGAGAUGUGUUCAUAAGAGAAUACUACAGCAUCUUUGACAGGGCAAACAACCGAGUGGGAUUGGCAAAGGCAGUUUAA